GCGUAGACGUGAUUCGCUCGCGCGACGACGAUUUUAUCGCUGCUCCGCGAUAAUCGGCUGUUCUGCUCUCUGCUCUCUGCAGUGGUGUAUAUAACGCGACCGUGAUUUUAUUGUGCUCGCGAUUGUUUCGUUUUCGUGUGUAUUUUUCGUAUACGCCUACUGCUCCGUUUUUUGAUACGUCAGCCUCUUUGGCUGCUUUUUUCUUCUUUUGGACGAUUUUACGCUUUUGAUACGCGCGCGGCGCUCUGGCCCCCCAUCGAGUCGCCCGUGAUUUUUGUGUUCCGACGAUGAGCUUAUUGAUUCAUCCUUGAUACUCUCAUCAGCUGGUGCGCGGAUCUCUCGAUAUACGUAAGGACAUAUAUCUCUCUCGGUGGCUUAUAUAGUUAUAUAUACACUGCAGAUCUUUGCUCGGAUUCAAACUGGACAUUUAACUCCUGCUGCUGGUUUGGCUCUGUGAUUUAUCCGAAUCGAUCAAUAUGAGUUCGGUGAGAUGCUGCCUGAUCGGUGCCAGCCGGCUGGUGUCCUCGCAUCAUGUCUCUAACCACGUGCAUAAAAUUGCAAGAGUUGUCGCAUCUCGAACCUUGAAGACUACUGGAGUCUUGGCAAAAGCUCCAACAGAACCUACUCCUCCUAGUAAUGAAACUACAGGAAGCAGUGCAGCUGCAGGUGGAACGACAGGUGGUGGUGGAGAUAAGAAAAACAAUCUUAUUUGUCCAAAGUGCGGGGACCCUUGUACGCAUGUUGAAACAUUUGUCUCUUCAACUAGGUUUGUGAAAUGUGAAAAGUGUCAUCACUUCUUUGUCGUUCUAUCUGAGAUUGAUUCCAAGAGGAGUCUCAAGGAAGCUCUGAGACCUGAGGAUCCAAAGCAAGGAUUCUACAGGAAGCCACCUCCCCCUCCUAAAAAAAUCUUUGAGUAUUUAAACAAGCACGUCGUUGGCCAAGAAUAUGCCAAGAAAGUUUUGAGUGUAGCUGUAUACAACCACUAUAAAAGAAUUCACAACAAUCUUCCACUUCAGAAUGCAGCGCAAACCAAUGCAGCUCCAGUGGGAAAUCAAGAUCUCAAUCAUCCUUUUACUCACAGAGGUCUCAAGCCACAUCUUCUCCAUAUUUCUAGUAUUGGAAACUCAUUAGGCGUCGGUUUUCAACAUGUUCCUCCUGGCAACGAUCAACAACAAAAGCCACCUGCUGGCGCUCAGUCAGUUCCUGGCUCAGAUAUAUUGGAUAGCAAGCAUCACCAACUAAAAUUAGAAAAGAGCAACAUACUGCUACUGGGACCCACUGGAUCAGGAAAAACAUUAUUAGCUCAAACUAUAGCUCAGUGUCUCGAUGUUCCAUUUGCCAUUUGUGAUUGCACUACCCUCACCCAAGCUGGAUAUGUUGGAGAGGAUAUUGAAAGUGUAAUAGCAAAAUUGCUUCAAGAUGCCAAUUACGUCGUCGAUAGGGCACAGAUGGGAAUAGUGUUCUUAGACGAAGUAGAUAAAAUAGGAGCAGUGCCAGGAAUCCAUCAAUUAAGAGAUGUCGGCGGAGAGGGCGUACAGCAAGGAAUGUUGAAAAUGCUGGAGGGUACAAUAGUCAAUGUGCCAGAGAGAAAUAGUUCCAGAAAACUGAGAGGAGAUACUCUGCAAGUAGACACUACGAACAUUCUCUUUGUAGCAUCUGGUGCUUACAACGGUUUGGACCGACUAGUUUCGAGGAGAAAAAAUGAAAAGUAUCUCGGCUUUGGUGCUACCCCGGCUUCAGAAAGCCCGGGAAGACGAGCUGCCAGUCUGGCUGAUGUAGCCAACAUGUCUCCGUCGACGGAAGACGACAAUAAAGAGAAAGAUGUUCUGCUCCGUCAAGUAGAGGCGAGAGACCUUAUUGACUUUGGUAUGAUUCCAGAAUUUGUCGGUAGAUUCCCAGUACUCGUACCCUUUCACACUUUAAAUAGAGAAAUGCUCGUGAGGAUUCUGACGGAGCCGAAGAACGCUAUGGUUCCUCAAUACCAGAUGUUGUUCUCCAUGGAUAAAGUGGAGCUCACAUUCACUCCAGAAGCGCUGGACGCUAUAGCGUCAAUGGCAAUGGAACGAAAAACUGGUGCAAGAGGCCUAAGAGCUAUAAUGGAAUCGCUCCUGUUAGAGCCAAUGUUCGACGUUCCCGGAAGCGAUGUAGUAAUGGUUCACGUAACUGAAGGUUGUGUUCGGGGUCAAGAGAAACCUCAAUAUGUGCGACGAGGCGGUGAGACUACGGUUGAGGAUGAACUUCAACAAGCGCAGCACGUACACAAUUAACACACAAUUAAAGCUCGAGAUGGUUCAGCGACCCGAUGCUGAUUAUUCUCCGCAGCUAAAUUUGCAAUUGAAUUCUAAUGAUUUCGAAAAUGUUUUUACAAAAGAUAUUAGAAAAUUUCGAUUAUUAACACUAUGGAAUUUUGGUAACACUAUUAUUUACUCUGACAAGAAUAAUUAUUCGAAAAAAAAAACAAAAAUUGGCAAUAUUAUUCUGAAUUGGUGUUUUCGUGUGCGUGCAAGUAUGUUGUGUGUAGGUGCUUGAGUGUCGACCUUCCAAAUUUAAAGUAUAUACAAAGUUUGACAUUUUCAAUUAAUAUUACAGGGGUGUCGUAAAUGAUCAAAAAAAGAACGUAAGACGCGUGUUUUAGUAAAAUGAAGUUCGCUCAUUUUAAAUUAAAGUUCUUAUCUGUCUGGAAUAUCGAGAUUCGAUGCACCUAUUUGGCAUUGUAAUUAAAAGGAUAAAUUAUUUUUAUGCGACCCCGAAUAGAUAGAUAAAGAUUAUUUGUAAUAUAUUGUACAUAGCAGUAGAUAAGUAAUGAAAAACAUUAAAAAAAUACACCCAGAAAGUUAAAAAUUCGUGAAUAUUUAACAAGUCUAUCCUGCAAUGAAAAUCUCAUCGAGACAAAAUAUAUAAAAAAAGAUACUUUAUUUAUAAGAUGCAAUCAAGAGCCGACUUCGAUUCUGUAGUUGAAAUUACAGAUUUAAAGUUAGUUUUUUUUAUGACUAAGCAUGAGGUAAGAUGGCUCUUGAAUAUUGUUGUUUAGGAGGUUCAAAAAUCUUCUAAAACUCAAUAGGUAAUUUACAUUGUAUGAACAUACUUAUGUUUAUAAUAAAUCUAUCAAAAAAAGGAA